AUGAAGAAGUUUAGAGUUUCCUAUUACUUUAGCUUGACGAGUUCUUCUAGGCGAAUCACGGCAACAAUUGGCUCCAAGUAUGGUAAAUCUAUAAAGCGAGGGAUUAUAUCAUUCUUCAGUAUAGAUGAGAGCAGGUUUAUACAAGUCGACGAGUUCCAAUGCAUUCCCUAUUUUUCGAGGCACUCUUGGGGCUUGUUUCGCCAUAGAACCAAACUACUUUGCCGAAAGUGUGAGAACCACAUUGGAAAUGCUUAUGAUGACAAAACUUCAGGCUACACCCUUGUAUUAGACAAAUCCGAUUCUCCAUCUGGUAGUGAAGCUUCUAGCUAUAGAAGAUAUGAUGUCAGAAUCCGCGCCCUACAACCCUCAUCGGCUCAAGAACUUGGCACCCCGCCUUUUAUAUGAUUUAGUUGAGUGUUGUAUCUCCAUCACAUAUUGAUUUUC